ACGAUGUGUAUCCAACAUGGCCGCCGAGGAGGAAGGAGGAGAGGACGGAACAUGGCUGUUGGCAUUGGAGGCAGUGUUACCAGACUGCUCAGAUGAGGAAGAGAUUGUCAACAUUACCAGAGGAAGAAUCUUGCCGGAGGAACAUCGCGCCCAAAUUUGGCACUUAUGUCUCGGAGGGGCAACAAAAAUAAGCAGUUUCUCGACGUUUGACCAAAUAUUUGACCUACAAGAACAAGAUGUCAUCCGAGGCGACUGCCGGGCACUUGUCGACAAACUUGGGAAUGAGGAAGAUGAUAAGGUGUCUGUUCUUUGUGAUGUCGAGAGUAUCUUCACACACUAUUGCAAGGUGCGGAACAUCUCCUACAACCCUGACUCCUACUGGGCUGACCUUCUGCUGCCUCUGCUGGGCGCGAAGUUGCCUGCUGAAGCGGCCUAUCUCUGCUUCCAAGAGCUGAGAGAGAGAUAUGUUCCGAGGGACACUGAGUUAGGGGCGCCCAUCUACCACCUGCUAAGGCUCCUGCUGCUCUACCAUGACCCUGAGUUAGCAAAUUUCUUGGACUCUCGCAGAAUAACUAUGGAUAUGUUUGCGACUUCUUGGGUGAGGAGCCUAUUCGCUGCCACCUGCCCCCUGGAUAGUGUACUAGCCGUGUGGGACGUGUAUCUACAGGAAAAGGACCCGUUUUUUGUACUAUUUCUGGCAAUAGUAAUUCUCAUUAAUGCAAGGGACCAGAUCUUGGCCAUGUGCGCGGACAGCAAGACGCACAUAGUCAACGCGCUCACGAGUAUUCCGUCGAGCCUACGCGUACACGAUGUGCUGGACUUCUGCUCCCUCGCCCGGUUUUACGUACACAGGACCCCGUGUACGUACAGGAAGGAUUAUGAGAGAGAAAUUUUUGGGUCGGUCUACCUUGGCGAGAGGAGGAAGAAGAGGAGGAAGAGGAGGAGGAGGAAGAAGAAGGAAGAAGAGGAGGAGGAGGAGGAGGAGGAGGAGGAGGAGGGAGGUAUCGGUAACCUCCCUCUCUCCCAAGCUCUGUGUCUCUCUGUCUCUGCCGAGGAAAUUCUGGAACUCUCACAAUGUCUACCCAGCGAAGACUCGGACCAGGUCCGGUUCUUCCUGGUUGACUGCCGGCCACCGGAGGAAUACAACAGUGGUCAUCUACCGACAGCCUUCCAUCUUGACGCCAGCCUGAUGCUGCUGCAGCCGUCCCAGUUCCUCACAGCAGUCCAGGGCCUUCUGCUGGCCCAAAAAAGUGCCAUAAGUGAGCAGGGGCUAGCAGGACACCACCUCUGCUUUAUCGGAAGAGGAGGAGGAGGAGGAGGAGGAGCAGAGGAAGAGGAAGAGGAAGAGGAGGAGGAGGAAGAGGAGGAGGAGGAGGGAGUCAUCUAUAUGGUAGUGUCGUUCUUCCUUCAACGGUUCUCGCCCUUCGUGUCGCUUGCCAAAGGAGGUUAUAGAGCUCUUCACCGCGAACUCCUCCAGGACCUCGACGGCAGCCUCUCAGACCACUGCCGAAAGUCCUGCCUGGUGUGCUCCCCCCGCCCCCCCCUCCCCCCCCAGCCAGCCCCCCCCUCCCCCCGCCUCCCCUCGGCCUCGCUCAGAGAGAGGGAGAGCGAGAGGGAGCGAGAGAGAGAGAGGGAGGGCGGCAGUGGGCUAUCCGGGAAGUUCUCGUCGCUUUCCCUCGCUCUAAAAUCCAGGUCAGCAGAAGUCAAGGAGAAGCUGGUUGAAUACAUAACCAACCCAGCUGCUGAAACUACUACUACUACUACUACUACUACUGCUACUACUACUACUACAGCUACUUAUAAGGCCAGGCGGCAUAUAAGUAGCGCCGACAAGGGGAAGCUCUACAGGAAUUUAAGUGAUGUUUUCAGCAUUGAGGAUGAGGAGGAUGAAGGACCAUUCGGCGGAGCGAGGGAGAUAGAGCGAGAGGGAGAGUUAGAGCGAGGAUUAGAGCGAGUGGACCUGAGGGAGAGAUUGAAGCAAGGGGACGUCCUGGCUCACUUCCCCUGCCACCAAGUGAAGGAGAACGGAUACCUGCAGAAGAGCACCUUGAUCCUGACCCACACCAGCCUCUUAGUAGUAAGGGACGGACCUACUACCACUACUACUACUACUACUACUACUGGUCUACUACUAGCCAACCACUCCCUCAAUAGUAUCCUUAAGAUCACUUCCAAGAAAAGACAUCCCGAGUUGAUCACAUUUAAGUAUGGGAUUGUAAGUGAGGAGGAGCCCUCUACUACUACUACUACUACUACUACUACUGCUACUACUACUGAUGUUGCUGCUACUUCUGCUGCUGGCUCGCUGGUAGUAGUGGAUAUUGACAGGUUCAUCAUUCCCGGGGCCUCCAAAGCCACCAGACUAAUUAAGGAUCAAAUCUUGCGUCAAAUGGAGAGUCAGUAAUUAUAUAUAUAAGUAACUUUAUUAUUAUUAUUAUUAUUAUUAUUAUUAUUAUUAUUAUUGUUGUUAUUGUUGUUGUCGUCUGCCAUUAAAAUAUAUAUUGUUACCAACGGCCUGUUUAUAUAUCGACCUAUUGUAGUAGUAGUAGUAGUAGUAGUAGUAGUAGUAGUAGUAGUAGUAGUAGUAGUAGGGGAUUAAAGAUUAGGAGGAGGAGGAGGAGGGCAAAGAAGAAGAAGAAGAGGAGGAGGAGGAGGAAGGGAAGGAAGAAGAGGAGGAGGAGGAGGAGGGCAAGGUAGAAGAAGAAGAAGAGGAGGAGGAGGAGGGCAAGGAAGAAGAAGAAGAGGAGGAGGGGGAGGAGGAGGAGGGCAAGGAAGAAGAAGAGGAGGAGGAGGAGGAGGAAGGGAAGGAAGAAGAAGAAGAAGAGGAGGAGGAGGAGGAAGGCAAGGAAGAAGAAGAAGAGGAGGAGGAGGAGGAGGAAGGAAGAAGAAGAAGAAGAAGAGGAAGAAGAGAAGGAGGAGGGUCUUAAUUUAAUGUUACGGAGGUGAGCACUGAGGCAACUACUACAACUGCUAUUACGUCAUUGUUAUUGUUGCCUCUUGGUCCUGGUCUGGGUCUUGGGCGUCGUUUUCAACCCGUCAUGUACCCAAUCUAUCACAUUCUCGCUCCCUCCCUACACAGGCUGCACCCCUUUUAGCCCUUGCUCUUGCUCUUGCUGUACAUGAGAGGUUUACAUAGAUUUACAUAGAUGCAUCGCCUCUUGGUCCUGGUCUGGGUCUUGGGCGUCGUUUUCAACCCGUCAUGUACCCAAUCUAUCACAUUCUCGCUCCCUCCCUACACAGGCUGCACCCCUUUUAGCCCUUGCUCUUGCUGUACAUGUGAGGUUUACAUAGAUUUACAUAGAUGCACCGCCUCUUGGUCCUGGUCUGGGUCUUGGGCGUCGUUUUCAACCCGUCAUGUACCCAAUCUAUCACAUUCUCGCUCCCUCCCUACACAGGCUGCACCCCUUCUAGCCCUUGCUCUUGCUCUUGCUGUACAUGUGAGGUUUACAUAGAUUUACAUAGAUGCAUCGCCUCUUGGUCCUGGUCUGGGUCUUGGGCGUCGUUUUCAACCCGUCAUGUACCCAAUCUAUCACAUUCUCGCUCCCUCCCUACACAGGCUGCACCCCUUUUAGCCCUUGCUCUUGCUCUUGCUGUACAUGAGAGGUUUACAUAGAUUUACAUAGACACACAUAGACCACACAGACCCCAUAUGAUCCAGACUAUAGGAGAGAGAGAGAGAGAGAGAGAGAGAGAGAGAGAGAGAGAGAGAGAGAGAGAGGCGUCAAAACAAACCCCAAAAAUACCUAAAAAUUGGACUUUAUUAAUAAUUCUAAAAAAAAACUUGAGCAGGAGGUUACAGUAGUUACAUCCAACACGUAAUUACAUAGAUGCAGAGGCAUAUAUAGAUGGACAGGCCUAAUGCUAACAGUAGUAGUAGUAGUAGUAAUAGUAGUAGUAGUAGUAGUAGUAAUAGUAGUUAUAAUAGUACUUCUUCUUCUUCUUCUUCUUCUUCUUCUUCUUCUUCGUGUGUGUGUGUGUGUGUGUGUGUGUGUGU